CUUAAAUUCACUGGUAAGUCAGGCGACCAAGUGAUCCAACCAAAAAUGGAAAAUUCUUCGCUCCAACACUCCACUUCAUCUAGUUGCUCGGCAUCACAAAUACAGACCAUAGCCUCCAGCAACCCUCAUCGUGUUUUACAUGUUGGCAGUCCUGGUUCCGAUGGAGUUCAAAUUGUACGCACUUUACCUUCUUUUGUUAGUUCUACUACUCAAAUAAUUUCAUUUCCAACAGUAGCAGCCCAACAACCGGUUGCAGCUCAAUCAAACAAUCCCAGGCAACAAAUUCAGCAACAACCUACUUACAUUCUAGUCCCAGCAGCUCAGCUAGCAAGUGGUGGUGAGAAUCAAGUGUUUGCGAGCACACCCAUACGUGCUGUUACAACAGGACACACAAUGCUUCGUACUUCUGGAUUAGGUAUUAACAAUAAUCAGACCGUCAACACAAGCAGUGUUAAUUUAGGUUCAACUGAUCGAAGUAUUAUUCUAGUACAACAACCAGUUGCUGGAACUAGUAUCCACGUUGGUUCUGCGAGUACACUUGUUUCUGGUUCAAGUGGUGGUAGUGGUGCCACUUUAGUUCCUCUACGACAAUUAGGUGUAUCGACUGGGGGAGGCAAUGGAUUGGUGUCAAAUGCAGGUUCUACUCGUCUCAUUGGAUCAAAUGUUGGUGUGGAGUUGUUUUCAACUACAGGCGCAGUUGGAUCACGAUCGUCUCAAGGUCAAGGAGGUUCAAUGGGAUUGGUGACAAUUUCAGCUAAUGCAGGUGCAUCUGGGUCUUCAUCCUCUGGAACUCCUCAGCGCGAGUCAACUUGGCAGCAGUAUGUCAAACAGUUCACUAAACUGGGUCCCUGUCCAAUCUGUGGUGAUAAAAUCUCUGGUUAUCAUUAUGGUAUAUUUUGUUGUGAAUCCUGUAAAGGUUUCUUUAAACGGACUGUUCAGAAUGCUAAAAGAUAUGCCUGUCAUCGCCCUAACGCUUCUUCCCGAUGUGAAAUCAAUGUAGCUUCACGCAAGAAAUGUCCCGCUUGUCGCUUUCUAAAAUGCGUAGAUAAGGGAAUGCGUAUUGAAGCUAUUCGUUCGGAUCGUACGCGAGGUGGACGUAGCAUGUACCCUGGUUCACGUUACCUGCGUCAAAUUGCAGCACGUGUUAGUGGGGCUCGCUCUACUUCUGGUCUGGGUAUCUCUGGCUCAUCUAUGGAGUUUUCAGCUUCAGAUAUCGAUGGGAAUAUGCUUGGUGGAUUGACAGACCAAAGUAUAAUGUCAGACGAUGCAGAUCAACUUUCUUGCUCUGUUGUUGGACUUGCAGCGCACACUUUGGGUCCUGAUGGUUUGCCGGCUUCGGAAGACGCGGGUGGCGGGGUUUAUCUAGAUCCUGGUGUUCUCGGCACUCAUGAUAACGAUGAUGAAGAAAUAGAUCCUAGUAGUCUGCGUGUUGAACCAAACAUUUUGGAAUGCGGGAGCGGAAUUGUUGGUGGCACUAAUAUGUCAGCAAAUGUCGUUUCACCGUAUUUGGGUAGACAGGUAAUUAUCAGUGGUUCAAAUGAGUCAACUCCACGUACAAGAGAACAACUCCCAAAAAUUAUUCGGGAUAUCCUGCUUGUUGAAGAGACUAUAGAAGCAGAACCUGAAGAUGCAUUAGAAAUCGAUGCUCCAGUUUCUGACGCAACUUCAGCUCCUGAAGGGGUCUCAGAUGACGAGGCAGCUGUGUAUCGUGCGCUGUUGAAUUUAGCUGAUCAACGUUUGUAUCGAACAGUUCGUUGGUCUCGAGCCCUUCCAGAUUUCUCUUUACUUGACACGGAUGAUCAAAUACUUUUAAUACAAAAUUGUUGGGCAGACUUAUUGUGUCUUGAUUGUUGCUGGCGUUCGUUGCCUACUCCCUCAGAAAUUCGUCUCACCUCAAGCAAAUGUAUCAAUCUUGAAGCUGCACGUGAAAUGGGUGCUGAAGAAAUAGUAGAAAGAAUUUUACAGCUCACUCAAUCUCUAACAAGACUACAGUUGGAUGUUGUAGAAUAUGCAUGUUUAAAGGUCAUAGUUUUGAUGCAACCAGAUUUGAACAAUUUGAAAGCAAGCUCUCAAGUUCGAUCCUAUCAAGAAUCUGUUCGACGACUACUAAUGGAUUAUGUAUCCAAGUCGUCACCCGACAUAAAUGAUAAGUUUAACAAAUUGAUCAACCGAAUCCCUGAACUACGUAAAACAAGUCAAGCUGCUCGUCUGAUGCUUGUUGAUUUGGACUUAUCUUCUUAUUUAUCAACUAAUUCUCUUCUAAUGGAACUUUUACGCAGUGAUAUUCAACGAUAUACACCAAAUAAUGGAACAAGUAAUAUGACAGAAUCUGCAACAACAAUAUCAACACAAGGUUCUGCUAAUUCCGGUGUGAAAACUGUCUCAGUCACUUUAGGAGCUGACACUGCAGAAAAUCAAGAGGAAAAUACUACAGUCACAAUGGUGCCAUCAGCAGGUGUUACUGAUUUAUUGUCAUUACCUAAUAAUACUACUAUUACAACAGUAACAGAGAGUAGGCUGAAUGAAACAAUUACUAGUGAUAGUAAUAAUUCACUAACUACUUCUGAAGUUGACGUUAUUUCCAAAUAGAUCAACUUUUUUAUGGAUACAUGUUAUUAUUACUAUUAUAAUUGUAAUGAUUAUUAGCUGUCUAUGGAUAAAUAGAUGCAUAUAUUGUACUCUUUAUCUGUUUACUGUUUUGCGCCCCACAUUUGUAUAAAGGCACUUCUAAUAUUAUCUCUAUUAAUAUCUUCAUUGGUAUACAAUACUGGCACAGAUUUUAUUGUAAAUAUUUCCGUUUUUGAUAAAUAACUAUAUAAUUUACCAGAUAAUACUGUCUGUUUGUCUUAUUAUUUUUCGGAGCUCCGUAAAUAGUUGUGGUUCUUGUCAAACAUGUUUAGGUACUCUUGUACACUUCCAUAUCUAUUCGUUCUUAAUAUACAGAUUCUCUUUCAUUAUCUCCCUCUAUUCCCGGUUGUCUGUUGUAUUUUGUACACCUUUACAUCUGACAUAAAUGUGUACAUAUUUAUAUAUAUUACUGACGAUUAUGUUAGUAGCUUAGUUCUUUGUUCUUUUUUUUUAAUCACAUGUAUCGCAUAUAGUACACAAUAUUAUUUUCUUUUCGAUAUUUAUAUAUUAAUAUUGAUAACAAUCAGUACAGGUGAAUAUAUCGCACGUAUCACUAGAUAUAAAACUAUAUUAAAAAUCUUAAAUAUAACUAUCGAUUCAAUUUAUGUGUGGCAACAACUUGAUCAAAGAAUAAAUGUAAUCUGUUCUAUUUUUCAGUUUCAAUAGCAGAUUAGCUUUUUCACGAUUUUACUUUCCAUUUCCUUUUAUACAUAUAUAUCUAUGUGAUUUGUCGGUAUUUUAACUGGGAAGAUUAAUAAUCCAUAUAAUCAUAAUUAUUAUUGUUAAUUGGUAAAUGCAUAUUUCAUUAUUAUUCUUAUUACUGGUUAUUCUGUUUUCUAUCCUACAAGUUGGUAGAUGAUUAUUAUCUACUAUGAUUUUCGAGUAGUAUUAUUUGCAAA